GGUUUGGCAAAGCCAGCCCCGCGCGCUUCCGGCUGCAUCUGCGAAGCUGGGAAACGUGCAGCUUUCGAAAAAGUUCAAGACGGCAGGCACUAUCGAAUCGACAGAGGAAAGCGAUGACAAAGGUGUUGUCGACGCACUGAAAGAGGUAAACGGCGAGGACGGUGCCAGGCGCAAUUCAGCCCAAGUUGUCAGGCCAUUCGAUAGCAGGAACCCCCACAAAUCCACACAUGCAUCAUGUCGUUUGGCGAGUUUGAGCAUUGCGACGAGGUUGUGAAUUUUGGCAAAGCGGCGUUCGACAUGGGCAAGGAAGCCCGCAACGGCAACGUGGGGGACGCGCUGAACCAACUGCCAGGUGUUGUGCAGCACGGCGCGUCUCUUUGCGCUCAAGUGGCUGGUGCAUUGGAGGCAGUUUCUGUGACGGCAGGUUGUGCCGGUGUGUCUUUGAUGGCAUACGUGGCAUCGAGCGCUUUGAAUGGAGAGGAUACCGCAGGCGCCAUGGAUGCCGGCAUGCAACAGUUGGCAGACAAGCUGCAACAAACGAAAGAAGACAUCGAGAGCCAGAUCACGCAAUCUACCGCAAAGCUCCUGAACGCUGUCACAACUGUGGAGCAGCACUUGUCGCAAAAUUCCCAGGAAAAGCGAGAGGACCGGAUGGAAGAUGUCGCAACCUUCGUCACCAACCUCAAGAGUGGCCGCAAGAUGCCGAACUUUCCUUGGACAUGCAAAAGAUGAAGC